AUGGCCGAUAAUGAGGACAGGAUGGAAACUGCUCCCAAGGGAAACGAAUGGGAAGUCGUAUCACUCACUGCAUCCGCAUAUGCUGCUGACCCUGGUUCCAAACAGGUUGAUCUGAGUGAAGAUAGCCAUAGUAAUUUAGUUGGAGAAAGUGAAGCUGAAACUUCUCGUGCUAUGUUUAUGUCAGGCCAUUUUCUUUUCCCUCCAAAUCAGCACGAGAAUUUGCCAUUGGAACCUGAAUGCAAUGAGAUACGAAAUGAAAAAGGAGAUGAAGGUGAUCAGCUUCAUUUGGUUGUUGAAGAAAGGGAUAAACUGGAUGUCAAAGAUGAAGAAAAUGAGAGCAUCGAAGAACUGAUGUCUGAUGAAUUUACUGGAGUUCAAGUUCUUAAUGAGGAUAAUAGGCUAUCAGUAAGUGGCGAGGAGAUACAGAAAGAUGUGGCCUUUGACAAAGAGCAGUUCAAUUAUGGUACUGCAGAAUUUAGUGCGUACCAUAGCAUAUCAACCGUGGGCAGGUCCACUGUUGAGGAGGAUGCAAUGACUGAUGAUGUGGCUGACCCUUUUGAACAUGCUUUGAAUUCAAGCUCUCCAAGUUUCCAGAAGCCUGUUGAGGAAGAAAAGUAUGAUGGUGCUGACCUUCCUUGCAAAGCUUGGUGGAAAAGGCGGGCUCUUUCUUUGUAUGCUCAUGCAAAAGAGACAAACACAUUUUGGUCUAUUCUCAUGGCUGCAGCAGUCACAGGACUUGUAAUUAUUGGACACAAGUGGCGGGAAGAAAGGUGGCAAGUUUUUCAGCUUAAGCGGCAGUUCGGUAUCAACGAUGAGAAGAUGGGCAGAAUACUUGGUCCCUUAUCUCGACUUAAAGACGUGAUUGUUGGUGGCCAUCAACGGGGUUCGUUUGUCCGUGGGAGCAACUCUGCGGAACUUUAA